GUCAAAAAGAUCUUUGCACCCUUGACUCGACACGAGGUCUGGGAACGGGGAGCCACUGAUUCGUCGGCGGAGCACUACACGCAAGCCAUUUCCGCGGUUGCCAAUGUCCUAUCCUACAGUAUAAGGCUGCCGUGGACGCCUGCAGGCGGUGGCAAGAGAUACCCAGUAUCAUACGCAAGAAUCAGCAAGUCUCCGAAAUCAUGGGUUCUGUGGAACAGUUUGAGCACAAGGUCGCCAUCGUCACCGGCGCUACGAGCGGUAUCGGCUCCUGGCUGGCGGAGCACCUGCACAAGCGGGGCUACCGAGUUGCGCUCUGCGGUCGCCGCGAAAAGGAAGGACAAGCUGUUGCUUCCAGUCUUGAUGCUUCGAGCGAGUCAGCCAUUUUCGUCCAGUGUGACGUGUCGUCGUUUGAGUCUCAGAAGAACCUCUUCCAGACCGUGUGGAACAAGUGGAGUCGUCUCGACGUCCUCAUUGCCAAUGCCGGUACCGUCGACCGCGACUCCAAGUACAACUUUGCGCGCCGCGAUGUCGCCAUUGACGACCUGCCAGCCGAGCCCGACACGACGUGCACCGAUGUAGACUUCAAGGGCGCCGUCUACGGCACCACGCUCGCGACGCACUUUAUGCGACACAAUCCCGGAGCCAAGGGUGGCAAGAUCAUUGUGACGGGCAGCAUGAUUGGCAUCUACGCGUGCCCAACCUUCCCCGAGUACUGCGCUGCAAAGGCAGCUGUACACCAGUGGGUCAGGACGGUGGGUCCGCUGCUCCAGCGCAAGGACAACAUCACUGUCAACUGCGUCAUGCCUGGCGGCAUCGAGACGCCCGCCAUGCCCGACUUUAGCACCGCCUUCUUGCCCCACGAAAUGACGCUGCGGUCGACGCUCAUCUCCGGCUACGACACCUUCCUCGAAGAUAAGGACAAUGUCAAGACGGGGCAGUUGCUCGAGGCGGCGCACGACAGGCUCUAUGAAUGGGGACACCCCGGAUACAAGAGCGGUGCCUUUGCGAAGCGGACCGAAAAGGUGUACGAGCCGUGGUUCUCCAUGGUACAUGGCGAGCGGAGUGAGCUGCCGGGUGCGCUACAGAUGGCACCGGACAAGGGGCCCAAGAUCAUUGCCGUCACGGGCGCAACGGGGAGCCAGGGCGGCGGUGUCGUGAACAUUAUGAAGAAGACGCCCGGCUGGAAGGUCCGCGCUAUUACGAGGAAUCCCGAAAGCGACGCGGCGAAGAAGCUUGCUGCCGAGGGCAUUGAGGUGGUGCAGGCCAGCUUCGACGACGAGGCAUCGCUGACCAAGGCGUUUGACGGCGUCCGUGCCGUCUUCGCCGUCACCAACUGGUGGGAGCAUCUCUUCCGCGGCAAGUCCCAGGAUGAAGCCGGCGAAAUCGAAGAAGAGCAGGGCAUGAAGAUUGCCCGCGCCGCCGCCGCCACCUCUACUCUCGAGCACUACAUAUGGUCCACGACGCCUAGUGCAAAGCGCAUGUUCCGUGGCAAGCUGCUGACACCGCACAUGGACUACAAAGCCAACGUCGACGCGCGCAUCAAGUCUGAACUGCCCGACCUGGCCGCCAUUUCCACGUACUUGUACUUUGGCUACUACCCGCAGAACAUGGCAUUCUUUCCCCUCAUCAAGCCCAUUGAAUAUCCCCAAAAUGGCCAGUACAUCCAGACUAUGCCCACCAAGCCCGACGCCAAGAUCCUCCUAUCCGGCGACAUGACGGUUAACCCGGGCAUCUGGGUGCGCCAGGUACUUGCAGCAGGCGCCAAGGCCUACGGCAAAUACACCAACGUCGCUCUUGAAAAGUGGACCUUCCAGCAGAUGAUAGACAUAUGGUCCGAGAUUACGGGCAAAAAGGGCGUCUUUGUGGAAACGACGAUUGACGCGUGGACCAAGCUGUGGGGACCCGCUGGCAACGAGCUGGGCCUGCAGUUCAAGUUCGGUGAGAUGUGUGAUCCGUGGGAGGAGAACGAGGACUUUAUCGGGCCGGAGGAGCUAGGGAUCGACAGGAAUGAGGUCGUAGGAUUUAAGGGCACGAUUGAGGGACUGAAGCAGAUGUUUUAGGCGGCUAGUCGGCAUAUAAAUCCAACCCUGCAGGGAGACUCG